AUGUCCGGGUCAGGAAAGCCACACAAGCUUCCUCGCAAAUGGCAGGUCCUGGGCUCUACCCAGAGACUCAAAUUUGUCCGCCCUGUGGCAACAAAGACGCGGAGAGGGGUUGACUACAAGAUGGUGGAAAUAUCCAGGGCUGAUGGUAAUCAGCCUCUGAUUCAUCCACCCCCAAUAGGCGAUCUGCCGAGCCACGAUCCACGGGAUCCGAUGGACCCCAGGAACCACAUCGACGUUGCGGACCUUGUUGGCAUCCAUGGGCCACUGCCUAAGCGACCCAAAGACUCGGGAUCAACACAGGCUGAUUUCAUGGACGCAUGGUUGGCUUUACGGGAAUCGUUCUUGGAGCGCCUAAUCGAGCUUGAGGGUCCAAGAGAGAAGCGGAAUUGUGCCGAUUGCCGAGCAGAGUGGAGCCCGUGGCGCUGCAUUGAAUGCGUCGGCUCACCCAGUUUGUGCACCGACUGCUGUCGCCGACGACACGCAGCGAGUUAUUUGCAUCCCAUAGAGAAAUGGAUCGCUCAAGAGGCGGAUGAGGCAAAUGUACGCUUCUUCUCGGACACAGACGGCAACGACAAUAGCGACGACGGUGAAGCGGCGGACCCCAUCCAGCAAGGCCCAAUUGAAUCAGAGGAGGGUUAUUACGCACCAAGCUCUCUCUAUGAUGUCGGGAUCCGAGUCUUCUUGGGUCACUUUGGGCAGUCGUGCCCUCUAGUCGCCAUGUAUGGCGGCACCCAACCAUAUCUCAGGGAGUGCUGCCGAGAGCUACUAUCAGCGUUGCGCCGCCUGUCGAACCCCGCGUUUCCUCAAGCCGUGCCUGACCGCUACCGCGAGCUUCUGCGUGUCAGCCGACAGUGGCGAAACCUCAAAUAUCGCAAAUGGAAUGGCUUUGGUCACGAACGAGGGCCAGUGGGUCCCGGUGAGCUUGCGCUGGGAUGUGUGGCCUGUCCAAUGCCCGGAGUCAACCUCAAGGCAGGUUGGGAACAGGAUCCCGAUCGGUGGAAGUUUAUGCAGACGUUUGUCAUGGACGGCAACUUCAGCGCCGAGCAUCUGAAGAUGCGCUGCCCCGCGGAUGAUGUAGCCAUCGGUGACGGGCAUGGCUUCAUGGUGACAGAUGCACCGUACAAGAAUCACCUCCCAGGGCACAUUGGAACAACGAGAGCUGUCACGCUCAUCGUGCCGUCAAUCAAGCCAAUGCCGACCGCCAUGACAUGGAAGCUACAGGCAUUGGCGCAGUUGCCUGUGGGCGACAUGGUUGCUUCAUCCCUCAUGCGGUGGUGGAUUUCCAGAAGGGGGAACGGCAUCCAAACGUUUCUUAUCAUGUACGACAUCGCAUGUCAGUACAGCAAGAAGGUCCUGGCGAGGUUUGCUCAGGGCGCGCACCUCAGCUGGCCUGAGGCGGCUGACAUAUUUUGGGGAAUUGGCCUGUUCCACAUCCAUGGCCACCAGCGCGACUGUUUACCAAAGUACUCGCCUUCAUUCAUUCCUGGCGCUGGACAGGUAGACGGCGAGAUCAUCGAGACAUUAUGGGCCCCGCUCAAUCGGAUAUCGGGCAGCACACGCGCCAUGGCAACAUCUCAUAGGAAAGAGGUCAUCGACGACCAUAUGAAUGACGCCAAUUGGCGAAAGACAAUCGGCAUGGUGAAGAUGCUGUCUCGGAGGUUCAUCCAGGCUGAGAAGCAACAGGAGCUGUGCCAAGAGCUGCUACAGGAACUCGAGGAGUCUAGUGACGCAGAACUGUUGGCCAAAUGGAAGGAGCUUGAGAUGAGAGCGCGGAUGGAGAGAGGACGAGAUCUGUCGGUCAUGGAGUCCUAUGAGGUCACCCAAGAGAAAGCCCCUGGUAAGAAGCAAAUGCAGCUUCUGCUUGAACAAGAGGAGGGCAAACAGAAGGACAGCCCCGGAUCUACGUCAUGGCUGGCGGAGGGAAUUUUGAUCCAGGAGCAACAGCUCGCUGUAAGCGCGCUGGCACGAAAGCUGAAGAAGCACGCCUUACUGGCGGACAGACUCCAGCUUGUGGAGAAGCGCAACAAAUUGAAGCGAGCGGUGGAUCGCUUUUCGAGCAAAGCAGCUGGCUACUGGAAGCAGGAAGAUGAUGAGGAGGCAGACGAUGAAGCGGCCCGACACCCUGGGGCCUACGCCGGAGAGGAAUGGGAGGAUCUUGAAGAGGAACCUGAUUUGGGCGAGGAUCGCAUAGUGAUGGAUGAACCUGAAGAUGAGAUAUUGCCGGAGUCCAUCUCACUUCUGCUGCCAUCGACAUUGGGGAAGGUGAGGUUGGAAGAGCUGGGGAAGGUCGAGAUGGGUCGUCGGGAGCUCCGCCUGAGGGAGGGUCAGGCAAACGAUGCCCUCCACCGACUUCGUAUGGCCCUCGGCAUGAAAUCCGUUCUAUUCCGCACAAAGGUUCGCCUCGCUAACAGCCAAAGGACGAAGACGAGAGCAUACAAGGACGUCAGUGGAGUGACGAAGGUCAUCACAGAGUGCGCCCGCCUGUACACCUUGGCUCGAACGGGCAUGACACGGGUGCUGAUGGGGGACGCCGAAGCGGCCAAAAUGGAGAAGCAGUUCAAAGACUAUCACAAGGCCAUGGGUCGGGACUCAUCACAGCAAAAGGGGGUGGGAAGCUCUGGGCAGCCAUCGCAGCCGAACAGCAGUGCCCAGGUGGAAGCCAAGCAAGUGUUUCGUGAAUGGCUGAAGACGCUGCCACCACAGCUGCAGCGAUACCGACCUCUGACUAAAGAAGAUCUCAAGACGACGACACACUUGCUAGACCACACAGAGCGGAAAAGCCGUCACAAAGAGCUAUCGUGGAUAUGGGCAGUCGAUGUGGGAGGGGAUACGGAGAGCUCAGAGUGGCUAACAGAACUGCACCGCGUGAACUGGCUGCGAGAGAAGGCCAAGUGCGACCGCUGGCGAGAGCAGCUGGUCCUGGUGGGUGAGGAGAUGCAACAGACGGCCCGCUCAUUCGAGUUCAAGGCCCGUCAGUGGAAGAUGCGGUGUCACGGGAGUUCAGGACACCAAGCAUAUGCGCGGCGACAAGCGGCGCUGUGGCUCAGUCUAGCAGCGGAUGCCCGUGCAGCCUACACAAAGCUGGCCACUUGA